AUGAAAAUGAAGAUAGUUAUAUAUAUUUGCAUUUGGGCAACUGCAUGGGCCAUUCCGGUUCCUCAGUUGGCACGGGAAAGAGACAUUGUUGAAAAGUCAGUGGAUAUAUCUCUUCUAGCACCUCCAGGAACCACAGCGCAGAAUGAGUUACCUAUCAACAACACUACUAGCAAGAGCAACGACUCCCCAGAUGGCAGUGAGAUAGGAGAGCAUGGACAUACGAAGGAGGGUUACAAAAGAGACGGGAAUGGCUCCGAGUCAAUAGACGUAGGAUGGAAGGAUUCUCUUACUCAGCCCAUUUUAGCAAACAAACAGGGGAACACUGCCGAAGAACACGAGGAUGUCGAAACAUACGAUCGUGAUGGGAUACGUGCAAGAGGAGAGAACAGUACAGCCAAUGGCAUCGGGGGCCAAGCAGGCAUUGUGGGAAAUGCCAAGGAAGCGAAGGAGAGUAGUGUCCAUGGGCAGGCUGAUCAGGAUUCAAAAACUGGAGGUGCUAGUGAUGUGAGCCAGAAUGCAGACGCUACCCUUGCCCAGGAAAAUGAGCCUCAAGAAGCCGGCAGCAAGAAUAGCACCAACCGUGAGGCUGGAAUACAUGGUAGUGGGGUGGCUACACAGGAAACACCACUUCAGAGAGAAGGGGAGGGGAGUGAGAACCAGAGGGUGGAGGUGACAGCAAGCAUCGGGGGAGAUGCUGGUUUGGAUGAUACUGAUGGGAGUCCUAGUGGGAAUGGGCUAGAGGAGGAUGAAGACAUGGGCUCUGGUGAUGGUGAGGGUGCAGAAGCAGGAGAUGGAAGGGAGAGCCAUGAUGGCACUGAGAGCCAGGAGGGCCCGUCUCAGGGGGGAAAAAAUGACCACAGAGAUCAGAGUUCAGUUAGUACUGAAGGUAAUGACUCUAAAGAACAAGAAGGCUCCCCAAAUGGACGUGAUGGAGAUGACAGCAGCGAGGAAAAUGGUGUUGAAGAAGGCGACAGUACCCAAGCAACACAGGACAACCAGAAGCUCAGUCCCAAAGACAACAGAGUUGCAGAGGGUGGGAUCAUCAGCCAGACGGAAGCAUGUCAUUUUGGGAAGAGCCAAGACCAGGGAAUAGAAACUGAAAGUUCCAACACAGGCAACAAAAGUAUUAUUACCAAAGAUUCUGAAAAACUCAGUGGAAGUAAAGACAGCAACGGACACCAUGGAAUGGAACUGGACAAAAAGAAUAGCGCAAAGCAAGGGGAGUCUGACAAGCUCCAAGGAGCUGCUGAGAAAUCAGACGCUCACAGUAACAUGGGACACAGCAGGACAGGUAGCAGCAGCAAUAGUGACGGGCAUGACAGUUAUGAUUUCGAUGACGAGUCCAUGCAAGGAGAUGAUCCCAACAGCAGCGAUGAAUCUAAUGGAAGUGACGGAAGUAACGGAAGUGAUGCUAACUCUGAAAGUGCCAAUGAGAGUGGCAGCCACGGAGACGCUUCUUACACCUCUGAUGAAUCAAGUGAUAAUGGCAAUGACAGUGACUCACAUGCGGGAGAAGAUGACAGCAGUGAUGACUCAUCUGAUACGGAUGACAGUGACAGUAAUGGUGAUGAUGACAGUGAGAGUGAGGACAAGGACGAAUCAGACAGCAGUGACCAUAACAAUAACAGUGACACUGAGAGCAAAUCAGACAGCAGAGACAGCAGCGACAGCAGCGACAGUAGUGACAGCAGUGACAGCAGCAGUAGUGACAGCAGCGACAGUAGUGACAGCAGUGACAGCAGCAGUAGCAGUGACAGCAGUGACAGUGACAGUAGUGAUAGCAGUGACAGCAGUGACAGCAGCGACAGCAGUGACAGUAGUGACAGCAGUGAUAGCAGUAGCAGUGACAGCAGUGACAGCAGUGACAGUGACAGUAGUGAUAGCAGUGACAGCAGUGACAGCAGCAGUAGCAGUGACAGCAGUGACAGCAGUGACAGCAGUGACAGCAGCGACAGCAGUGACAGCAGUGACAGCAGCGAUAGCAGUGACAGUAGUGACAGCAGUGACAGCAGCGACAGCAGUGACAGUAGUGACAGCAGUGACAGCAGCAGUAGCAGUGACAGCAGCAGUAGCAGUGACAGCAGUGACAGCAGCGACAGCAGUGACAGCAGUGACAGCAGUGACAGCAGUGACAGCAGCGAUAGCAGUGACAGUAGUGACAGUAGUGACAGCAGUGACAGCAGCAGUAGCAGCGACAGCAGCGACAGCAGCAACAGCAGUGACAGCAGCGACAGCAGUGACAAUGGCAAAAGCAGUGACAGUAGCAGCGACAGCAGCAGCAGUGACAGCAGUGACAACAGCAGCGACAGCAGCGACAGCAGUGACAGCAGUGACAGCAGCGACAGCAGUGACAGUGACAGCAGUGACAGCGACAGCAGCGACAGCAGCGACAGCAACGACAGCAGCGACAGCAGCGACAGCAGCGACAGCAGUGACAGUGACAGCCAUGACAGCAGUGACAGCAGUGACAGUGACAGCAGUGACAGCAGCGACAGCAGUGACAGUGACAGCAGUGACAGUGACAGCAGCGACAGCAGCGACAGCAGUGACAGUGACAGCAGUGACAGCAGUGAUAGUAGUGACAGUAGUGACAGCAGUGACAGCAGUGACAGCAGUGACAGCAGCGACAGCAGUGACAGCAACGACAGCAGUGACAGCAGCAGUAGCAGUGACAGCAGCGACAGCAGUGACAGCAAUGACAGCAGUGACAGCAGUGACAGUGACAGCAGUGACAGCAAUGACAGCAGUGACAGCAGUGACAGCAGUGACAGCAGUGACAGUGACAGCAGCGAUAGUGAUAGUAGUGACAGUGACAGCAGUGAUAGUGACAGCAAGUCUGGUAAUGACAACAGUGACAGCGACAGUGACAGCGACAGUGACAGCGAGGGCAGUGACAGUAACCACUCAACCAGUGAUGAUUAAAGCAGAGAGAAUCCCAUGAGAUCCU